AUGAAGCUUUGUCCAAUUAAUUCGGUAAAUAAAAGGUCCGAACUUUCUUCGGUUCAAGAACAAUUUCGCAAUCCAGGCCUUUCCUACUCGUUUGGAUAUGGCCUGGGUGUAUUUCAACAAGCUGGUUAUAAUGCAGCAUCAAAUCCCCAGCUAGAUGUAAUACACAUAGUGGAUGAUCCAGUCAGGUUUCACAGGCUUAAUGCCGCGAAGUUUCCUAAGCAUUACUCAUCAUUAAUCAAGCUUCCAGAUUCUGCCAUACAAUGGAUUCAGGAUUGUGGAGCUGGGGUUUACUUCAAUCCGUAUGUGUCUAUGACAAAUGAUUGCGACGAAAAACUUGUUUUGAAGUAUGGCGUUGUUUCGAACCGGAGCGCUCUCAUGGAUUUACGCGAUUGGACAUCAUUGUACAUUGCAGGACGGCUUCAGAAGCCCGUUGAGCAUGUGUUUAGUGUCAAUGAUGAAUUGAAACGCGCUAACGAAUACAAUUUAGAAAGUGCUUUCAAUUUAUCAUUGCUCAUGCUUCUGAGGAGGUGCGGCUCUAGUCUUUUCAGUGCGAUACAACUCUUUGAACAAAUAGCGCUGAUCUCAUAUAUGGGGGAUCCCCGAAUGCUUAUAGGAGGUGAAAAUCCGAAUAAAGUUAAAAACAUAGUGAGUAAGCAAUUGCCUUUUUUCGAGCAGCUAUAUAGCAAAGCUUUUGACAACGCAAUCUCAAAAGGGUAUAUGAAAAGGCAAGGUGGCGAUUAUGAUCUCAAAAUGAAGCCUAGAUCUGCAGCGGAAAUCUUGGCAAGUCUUCCUAAAAAUUUCAAGUGGAGAUUCCUAAAUUCUUAUAGAAACAAGUACGGGAAACUUUUGACCCAGGAUAAGGUCAUGCUGGAUUAUUUGGAAGGAAAUACGAGCAUUGAAUCAUUGGACUCGAUUCUUCUCUCUCACCACGCUAGUAGCUUAUAUUUGAAUGAAGCUUUAAGUGAUUCGACUUCGAAACGAGUCUUGCUAAGCACUAUACUGAAUAUAAUUGCGUUCCCAGCGUUGACACAGAGUGUCAAAGGAAUACUCACGGCAGGCUUAGGGAAGUCUGUGAGGUAUGCUUGGGAAAAAAAACUCAAGAGUAUGAGCCCCAGAACUGAAUAG